ACAGCAGCUUUAUUACUACGAAAUACUGGAAAUUCACUAUACGGAGCUUGUGUGGAUAACAUACCCAAUGAUAAAAGUGGGGAUCUAUACUACAUAUGCAGCACGGAGACAGGAACGAUAAAGCAUUUGGAAUUAUCAACCAAACGUAACUUGGCAAUUAAAAAAUUAGAAGGUUUUUAUGCUGGAUUUGUUAAUACAUCUAUUGCUGCUGUCUAG